AUGGUGCCGUUUGGCGCUGUGCUGUUGGUGCUGGGGGUGGUAGCUGCAGCUGCGGUGGCUCCCACCGUCGAUGGAGUGCUGGUCAUGGGGCAGGACGGUCGCUGGAGCAGCAGCGAGCUCGUGUCCGUCGGCCAGCAGACCGCGCUGUUGCUGUUGGGUUCGCGUCUGCCUGAGGGUCCCGGUGAGGUUGGUGUCACGUCCAGAGAGGCGCCCCGAGGCGGCAGCUGCGAGCAGCACCACGUUCUGCCGCUGCCCGGUCUCGACAGCAAUGGCUCCGCCAGCGUGGUUCUGCCCUGGCGGGGUCGCUGGUACAUCUGCUUGCGUCAAGGCAACAGCUGGAUUCACCAGGGUUCCGCGGUCAACCUAAACGCCGCAGGAGACCCGGAGGCUGCUGUGGUGUCUGGACUGCGUUCUGCCACUUUUAGCGUGUCCGAAGACGGUGUCCUGCUGGUGCCCACGAACGAGGAACUUACGCUGGUGCUACUGGGUACAAAUUUCUACGAACACACCAAUGUGUCCUUGACUAAAGAGCAUGCGACGCGGGGAACCAGGUGCCAGCAGCCGUCGUUGGCCGUCUCGGAUCUGGAGCCUCUGCACGGGGGCCUGGCGGCCAAGGCAAGGACAAGGUUUACGUCUGCCGGACGUUAUCGGCUGUGCGUGUCCCGCGCGAGACACUGGAUCCACCAGGGCAGCGACGCGCUGGUCACACUUGAGGCCCAGGACAAACUGAUCCCGGUUUGGGUGCACGUUGUGCUCAUUUGCGUGCUUCUCGUCUGGUCUGGACUCUUCAGUGGUCUCACGUUGGGUCUCAUGGCUCUUGACAAGACCGAGCUCAAGGUGAUCGAAUCCUGCGGUACCCCCGAGGAGCGCGAAUACGCCCGCAAGAUCUUGCCGCUGCGGCACCGGGGCAAUUACUUGCUCUGCUCAUUGGUCCUUGGAAACGUGUGUGUUAACAGUAGCUUCACCAUUCUGCUUGACGCCAUGCUGAGCUCGGGCCCUGUCGCCAUUGUACUGUCCACACUAGGCAUCGUCCUCUUAGGAGAGAUAAUCCCUCAGGCCAUCUGUUCGCGCUACGGGCUCGCCAUAGGUGCUCGCACAAUCUUAAUCACCAAGCUAUUUAUGGUGCUGACGUUUCCACUAUCCUGGCCCAUCUCCAAAGUGUUGGAUCUAUGCCUGGGCGAAGAAAUCGGAAGUGUGUUCGACCGGGAAAAACUGACCGAAUAUCUGCGUAUCACCAAGGACUAUGCAGAUUUAGAGAACGAGGAGCUCAACAUCAUCUUUGGGGCCUUAGAGCUGACUAAAAAGACGGCCGCGGAUGUCAUGACGCGUAUCGAAGACGUCUACAUGGUGCCUUAUAGUGCAGUUUUGGACUUUGAAACAAUGAGUGAGAUUGUUAAGCGCGGCUAUACUAGAAUUCCUGUAUUCGAAGGUAGCAAGCAGAACAUUGUAUCGCUGCUCAACACCAAGGAUCUGGCUUUUGUUGAUCCGGAUGACGCAAUUCCUCUCAAGACACUAUGUCGCUUCUACAACCACCCCCUGAGCUUCGUCUUCGAGGAUGAGACCCUAGAUUCUCUGCUCCGUGAGUUCAAGAAAGGCCAUUCGCAUAUGGCAUUUGUACGCCACGUGGUCCAGUGCGAAGAUCGCGACCCCGUUUACAACAUCACGGGCCUAGUGACUCUGGAGGAUGUCAUCGAAGAAAUAAUCCAGUCAGAGAUCAUCGACGAAACAGAUGUGCUAAUGGACAAUCGUCGCAAGCAGCGACGCAAGGAUGCUCAGUUGCUACAAGACUUCAGCGAUUUCCUCAAGAUCGGUGGGGGUCAGCAGGGGAAGAACGUAGUGUCGGCGCAGUUGGCUUUUGCGACAUUCCAAUUCCUGAGCACAGCAGUGCGGCCCUUCACUGCCGAAUUUGUAACACCCAUUGUGCUGCGGCGACUUAUGGCACAGAACAUAUUCUUUACUAUCAAACCAUCAGCGGGCAAAAGCCUUUUCGAUGCCGGGAAGCAGUGCGAUUACUUUGCUGUAGUGCUUGAAGGUCGCGUGCGCGUUACGGUAGGAAAAGAGAAUCUCGUUUUUGAGGCCGGGCCUUUCUCCUACUACGGAUUACCUGCGCUGACAGCAGACAGGGGUAGUUUUGUCCCAGAUUACACGAUCACGCCACUCUCAUAUGUGGUUUAUAUGAAGGUAGGCCAUGGUGUCUAUGUGGCUGCUCUGCGAGCUUCGCGCAUGUGCAAGACGGACGACCCUGCCGACGUCAUGCUUCAAGAGUCCAUAUGCCAGUUUGAGGAGCCGCCAAAACAAACGCCGUCUCCAACGGCUGAUGGUACCGACCACAGAAACGUUUCUUGGUCUGAGCCGGCAACUGCCUGA